AGGAGGUUUUGGUGAAAAGCAAACAAUGCAGAACCUUAAUGACCGCCUGGCCAGUUACCUACACAAGGUCAGAGCCCUGGAGGAGGCCAACACUGAUCUGGAGAACAAAAUCAAGGAGUGGUAUGACAAAUUUGGGCCUGGGUCUGGAGAUGGUGGAUCUGGAAAAGAUUACGACAAAUACUAUCCAGUAAUUGAGGAUCUCCGGAAUCAGAUCAUUACUGCCACUAUUGAAAAUGCUGGGAUCGUUUUGCAGAUUGACAAUGCCAGACUGGCUGCUGAUGACUUCAGACUGAAGUUUGAGAACGAGCUGAAUCUCCGGCAGGCCGUGGAGGCCGACAUCAAUGGCCUUCGGAAAGUCCUGGAUGACCUGACCAUGACACGCUCGGACCUGGAGAUGCAGAUUGAGAGCCUCACCGAGGAGCUGGCCUACCUGAAGAAGAACCACGAGGAGGAAAUGAAGACAAUGCAAGGCAGCUCCGGCGGGGACGUGACUGUGGAAAUGAACGCCGCCCCGGGCACCGACCUGACCAAGUUACUGAAUGACAUGAGGGCACAGUACGAAGAACUGGCGGAGCAAAAUCGCCGCGAGACGGAGGAGCAGUUCAACAAGCAGAGCGCAUCACUGCAAGAACAAAUUUCUACUGAUGCCGGAGCAGCCAGUUCCGCCAAGAACGAGAUCACAGAACUCAGACGUACUCUUCAGGCCCUGGAAAUUGAGCUUCAGUCCCAAAUGGCCAUGAAAAGCUCCCUGGAAGGGACCCUGGCUGACACAGAGGCCGACUACAUGGCUCAGCUGUCAGAGAUCCAGAGGCAGAUCGGCGGCCUGGAGGAGCAGAUCUGCCAGAUUCGGGGUGAGACCGAGUGCCAGAACGCAGAAUAUGAGCAACUGCUGAACAUCAAGACCCGCCUGGAGAUGGAGAUCGAGACCUACCGCUGCCUGCUCGACGGAGAGGGAGGUGGUUCUGGUUUUGGAGGAUCUGAUUAUAGAAAAUCGGGAUCCAGAAAUACAGGAUCCAGAAACAUGGGAUCUAGGGAUUUGUCCAUGUCUGGUGACUCAAGAUCUGGAAGCUGCUCUGGCCAAGGAAGAGAUCCAAACAAGACAAGAGUAACAAAGACCAUCGUGGAGGAGGUGGUGGAUGGCAAGGUCGUCUCCUCUCAGGUCAGCAGUGUUUCGGAGGUGAAAGUUAAGUAAGCGAUUUCCAGAUCAGCAAGAGUGUCGUUCAGAGAAAUAAUGAAAGGACCCAAACGAAGAAAUCACGUCAAUCUUUCUAGUCAUCUUCCUGGAUGUCUUCAGGGAAGAGAUCCCAUCCUGAAAUAGCCGACCAAAUAAUUUUUCCGCAUCCUCUUCUUUUCUUACCCAGAAUGCUCUUGAAAAUGUUGAAAUGACAAUUUUGCUCUGUUUCCCAUGCUUCAAUAAACUUACUUUGGCAAGUUAA